UAUAAUUAACCUAUUUUUCCUUCUUUCCAGAUUCGAAAUGGGCCGACGCGAAGUAUUAAUUUUGGCGAUAAACAUCGCCACAAUCGCAGCCUUUAUCCCCCAUGGUUCCAUUGGGGUAGAGGCCCCGUACCAGGAUCAUAUUCUCACGGAGGCUUUGCUUCGUGAAGUAGUAGAACGUAUGGGCAAGGAAUUCAACGAAGCCGCAUCAACGUAUCUGGAGUUCCCGUCAGGAGACCGCCACCUGGCACUAAUGGCACGUGCGAACAAGGAUUUGGAGAACGAGCAGCUCGACUACGACUCACUUAUCGAUGGCAACCCCAACCCCAGCCUGCGCGAUCAAGAGUACCUCCAGCACAGCUCAUUGUGGGGCCAUCAGUACGUCACCGGUGGAGCUGGCGAGGGUGAACAGCGACUCCAGCCAUCGGGCGUGGUGCUCAACAAGCAGAUGGUGAAGACCGACGCUGUCUUGCCGGCCUACUGCAACCCGCCAAACCCAUGCCCCGUUGGCUAUACUGAGGAGCAAGGCUGCAUCAGUGAGUUCGAGAACACGGCAGCCUUCAGUCGGGAGUACCAGCUGUCGCAGCGUUGCAUGUGCGACGGAGAACACAUGUUCAGCUGCCCGCCCGACUCCUCCUCCGACAUCGAGCUGCCCUUCAGUGAACACCACAAGAACCUCGUCGCUAAGAAGUAUAAGCCCGACGUUGAAAAUCCAUACUUGAUGGGUGAACGACUACCAAUUGCGGCCAAAAAAGGAUUCGAAGUUAAUUCAUAUUAGAUGUCUAUUUACUAAAUGUUAGUCUGUGGAUGCUAUCGUCUUUAAGACGAAGCCCACAUUGAUAAGUGUACUAUAUUUGUGAAAAUUCUGUUACAACCCUAUAUUAUACGAUAUUCUAGCUGUAUAUUGGUAGUAGGGUCGAUGCAAUGUGCAAGAAGAAGGGAGAAACACCAGGUGGCGAUAAGGUAAGUGGGUAUAAUAAGUUUCGAUCUUCGAAUUUUGUAUGCAAGGCGAUAGUCUCGUUUUGAGCCCUAGCGAUAUAAUAUACCGAAAUGAAUAGUCAAAAUUAAGAUCUUAUUGACAAAAUAGCUUCGGAUUAUACGCUAAUAUGGCGGGACUAUCGUUUUAGACAUUGGAAAUAUCAAAUCGGCUUGAACACUCGAAGACUGCUUGAACACUGAAGGGGUUUUUAUAUACUUGAUGAGUUGUUUUGCUCGAUAUUUGGUACAAGUUAGUGCAUAAAUGAUUUCUAUUCUCGGGCAUUUCAUCUUCACUGGUGGACAUUCGUCCCCAUCACUUCGCUUUACAUCAGGUGUAGUGAAAUAAUUUUGUAGGGGUUAAAUAAUCAUCUCUAUAUUUAUGAAACCUAGGCACAUCAUACAAAAAACCACACGUAUUUGUGAUAAGAAUACCUUGAUGAAAUCAAUUUGUAUUUUCAGUUGCGGCUACGUUACUUACCAUAUAAAAUUAAUGCAAAAAAAAAUUAAAAAACAAAAAAAUCAUUAAUAUAGAUCAUCUAUUGUUAUAUAAGUAAAACUAGGCGAUAUAAUUAAAAAAGAGCGUGCAACAGGCAUUUCAAUUAAGUAAUUAUGUAACUAGAGUAUAAAAAAUGAGUCCAUUGUCAAAUUUGAUAUAGUCAAGUCCAUCACAAAAAUAACUAAAAUCUUAUUCGAUUGUUUUUCGAUAAUCGACAAUAUCUUCGUAUAAUUAAUCAACAUUAACUAUGCCAAAAACAGCUCGUUAAAUAAAGCCAAAUUGAUAAGCACCUAAUUUGUCAAAAUUGUUUUGAGCGACAUUAGAAGGGAAAAUCAUAACCUUAAAUAUUGUAAUAUUUUGAGAAGGCAUAAUAAUCUUCUUUUUAUCUGAUUCUACGGUACUGGAGUUUUUAGACCUGACCGAUUGCCCCGACAUCUCGAGUUCUGAAAAUAAUUUAUAUUUUAAUGACUUCUAUUCUAUUCUUUCAUACUCAUAUUUAUAUGAAAGAAUUUUUCUUUUGUCUAUUUCAAUUUCAAUCUUUGAUCAAUUCAAUUAUGUCUGAGUAUUGCAUAAUAACUGAAAAGAGGCACUGAGUGCUGUUACUCAAAUUAUGACAUAAGACACAGAAUAACAAUAAGGACUAUCUAACUAGCUCAUACAACAAUACUUAUAGUAUGGCAUAUACAUACCUAAAUAUUAUACUCAGUUCCGAAAAUCAAAAAUGAUAUGAGUGAAACCUUACAUCCAAAGAACAUAUUAAAUAGUGAAGAACAAUGUUUUAAAUACAACAGGACAUUUAUGUUGUAGUGUGUAAAUAAAGAAUUUCUAUGUGCAUUCUCAAUACGCUAUAAUAAGUAAGUAGGUAUAUUGAUGGUAAUUUUUUUUAUUCUGUGUUUAAAUAAAUCAAUUUUACUUUAGAGUAAUAUUCACGGGACAAUUGAUGCGCAACAAAUUGCGUAGUAUUGUGGAACGUUGCCCAACAGCGAGUGAGUUGGUUUCUAUCUCGUAUCGAAACAAAAUGAGCAUCUUAGAGCGCAUGAAUUGCCUAAUGCAAUAUAAUUUAUUAGUAAAAUGUAUAAUUUAGAAACGUUACAUUGUGGGAUCAUAACUUUAGAUUUUUAGCGAUUAAGUUAAAAAUGGUUUUGAGCAAUAAUUUCUAACACAAUCCUGCAACAAGACAUAAAUGCCACAAUUAAUAUCUAACAAGUUAUUAUUAAAAGUUUUAUCUUAUUUAUCAAUGUCUCUAAUAUUAUAUAUUUUAAUGGUUAGUUUAAAAUACAUAUGUACAUAAAAGAUAUCGAGUAUCUAUGUAUCUUAAUAUACAGUUUCCGUAAGCUAGUUAGUUAACUUUGUCGAAAAACGCUCAGAUGUACAAAUUAUUUAUUUAUUAGCAUAAUUCACGAAGACGGCCGAUAUCGAAUUUAGGUGCGUACCAGGUUUCAAGUUUGUCAUGCCAUGCUACCAAAGAUUGUAAAUCAUCGAAUGUAGUGUUGGAUUGGAAAUAACCUAGAAGUGUAAAAUAUAUGGAAAUAUAGAUUUACAAAAUGCACUAACUAAUUAUAAAGCAUCUUGAUUUUUCUGUCUCUUCGUACUAUUGAUCGACUUGGCCGCUUCUUCGUGGUUUUACAGUGGCUUAAUACCAGAAGUUACCAUUUUCAUGUCUUCAACUUCUACAGCGUCCAUUAUAAUAAGAUCAUGGGCUAUUUCUCAUACUAUUCACGUAUCCAGAUCCAGUUUGUGUGUGUGUGAGUGUGUGUGUGUCUAUUUUAUGCUGAGAAAUAACGAAUUAAUGACUACGAGUUUGGGUUGUACGAUGAAUGGAUCUGAUGUGUACAUUUUGUUUUGCCUCUCUCUAUCUGUCUGUCUCUCACUAUCUCUCUCUCUCCCUUUUUCCGUGCAUCUGGAUCUAAGUAUGCAUGUAUGCGUGACUCUAUAUAUUUCUACACGUGUGUUUGAAUUCUUCUUUCUGUGAUAUUUCUGUAUAUACGUGUACGUUUAUGUGACUUCUUCUUUCUCUAGCUAUCUCUCUCAUUCUGUGUGUGUGUGCGGGUGUGCGCGCGCGCGCGCGCGUGUGUGUGUGUGUGUGUGUGUGUGUGUGUGUGUGUGACUUCUUCUUUCUGUCUGGAUGCGUUAGUGAUUUUAGGUGUAUUUGUACACGUAUGCUUGUGUUCGUCUAUCUUUCUCCCUCUUUCUCUAUCUCUCUGUGUGUUUGUGUAAAUAUUUUGGUGCCUCUUUGUAAAUGUUUCUCUCUUUCACUAUGUGUGUGCGCGCGUGUGUGUUUGUAUACAUCUACGGGUGUCUGUGUGCGUGUGCCCUUAUCUCUCUCUCUCUCUCUCUCUCUCUCUCUCUCUGUGUGUGUGUCUCUCUCUGUGUGUGUGU